UCCCGUUGACGUGUUCCUGCACAGCAGAUGGCUUUACACAUAAAUCCUAUUAACAACUUUCUGCUGAUGGAGACACAGUGGGUACAGGGCUUCCGCACUCUUUCAUGACCUCCCCUGAGAAUCCUGCUCUUUUUAUUUUCUAACCUUUAAAAAGGAAGAACUGAAUCCAGAGGCCACGUCAUGUCGGCAGAGAAGAAGCCAAAAAAGAAGAAAGAGGAGGCCAACAGUGCAACCGAGGCCAAGCUGAAUGGGACAGAGGCCAAACCCAAAAAAGUGAAAACCAAGAAGAAUGAAGACGCAGCCGGAGACGACAGCUCUGCUGUUCAAAAUGGAAAAAAAGUGAAGAAAAAGAAGCCGGAUAAAGAUAAAGAAGAGCCAGAAAAGGAAAAAGACAAAGAGCCAAAGAAAAAAGCCAAAAGUGCUCCAAAAAAGAAAAAGAGUUCAGAGACGGACGACGAUGAUGAUGACGAGGAUGAAGACACCCCCAAGAAGAAAACCAAGAAAAAGACAACAAAGGACAGCUCUCCGUCUGCGAGCUCUGCCAGAGAGAAGAAAUCCAAAUCUAAAGAGGAGAAAGAAUCAGAUGGGAAAGAAAAAAAGUCCAAGUCCAAGGAGAAAGAGAAAGAGAAGAAGAAAGAACCAGCUUCAAUGUUCCAGAUAAAUGGAGACAAAAACACCAAAACCAAAAAGAAAGCUGCCAAAUCUGAGAGUGACGACAGCGAAGAGGAGACAAAGUCAACCAAGUCCAAGAAGAAAGCCAGCUCUUCCUCUGCGUCCAUGUUUCAAACGACCGCCGACAAGGAGAAAAAUAAGGAGAAAGACAAGAAGACCAAGAAAAAAGCAAAAGCAGAAGAGAGUGAUGAUUCUGAGUCAGAAAAAGAAGAAAAGUCCAAGAAGAAGAAGGGAAAAGGGAAGAAAAAGAAGGAGCGAGCUCCAUCACCAGAGAUCGAGUUUGACAACUUGGAGAAGUUCGUGAUGGAGCCGGCUCCACAGGGGGUCACUGUCAAGUGCCGGGUGACCCGAGACCAGCGAGGGAUGGACAAGAGCCUCUACCCGCUGUAUUACCUCCACCUGGACAAUGAGAAGAAGACGUUCCUGUUAGCUGGAAGGAAAAGAAAGAAAAGUGCAACUUCAAAUUACCUCAUCUCCAUCGACGCCACGGAUUUAUCGAGAGGCGGAGAAAACUUUGUGGGGAAGCUGAGGUCAAAUUUAAUGGGCACUAAAUUCACUGUGUUCGACAACGCUCUGAAUCCAGAGAGAGCUCUCCCGGACCUGUCCAACGCUCGACAAGAGUUAGCAGGCAUCAUCUAUGAAACAAAUGUUUUGGGCAUGAAAGGACCCAGAAGGAUGACGGUCGUCAUCCCGGGAAUGGACAAAGACAACGAGCGAGUACCGCUCCGACCAAGAAACGAUUGUGACGGCUUGCUGAUAAGACACCAGAAUAGAAGGAUGGAAAAUCUGAUCGAGCUUCGCAACAAGACGCCGGUGUGGAACGAAGACACCGCGUCUCACGUGCUGAACUUCAACGGCAGGGUCACCCAAGCCUCCAUCAAGAACUUCCAGAUCGUCCACAGCCAAGACUUGGACUACAUCGUGAUGCAGUUUGGCCGAAUAGCUGACGACAUCUUCACUCUGGACUACAACUACCCGAUGUGUGCCGUGCAGGCCUUCGCCAUCGCGCUCUCCAGCUUCGAUGGCAAAAUCGCUUGUGAAUAACAAAGCUUCCCUCGGCCGGCUGUCCCAAAUCAGUCUUCGGCCUUGCCGGUACGUCCUGUUACAUGUGCCGAUAAGGAAUACCUGUUACCGCUGGCGUGCGAGUCCCCCGCCACCCAGCUACAAAAUAUCUCUGGUCCGCUCUGAUGGAGAGUCCUGUCCUCCCUCUCCAAGGACUCACAUUACUUUUCGUGACACACCUCAGUGAUGAAGGUGUUUAAAGAUGAUUAACAUCAUUAAAAGAUGUUAAUCUCUGUUUUUGACUUUGCUAAACAGUGUUGUCUCGAUGUGUAGAGCUUUGUGUAAACUGUCAGUAGUCCGUUGUGUCAAAGGUGACUGUGAAAUACAAACAAAAUACUCAGUUUAAACAAUAAAAACUCUUUUCUAUUAGGCACGUAUAACAUUUUUAUUCAAAAGAAUGAAAGAAGUCUGCUCAGUGACAUGAAAAGGUGGCAUCUUUUUGCAGCAGACGUCUCACUCCAUGAACUGUCUGUUUCAGGUCUUGUUCAGUGUUUAGAAGUGUUUGUAUAGUGAUCAUGUAUUGACUCGGUGUACACUUUAUGUUACGUUCUCUGCCUCUGUCACAUAAAUAUAUCUGAUUUCUGCUCUUUUAGGUUUUUUCUAUCUCCAUGUUUUUGAUUUUGUAAAAAAAAACAAACAAAAAAGUCCUUUAUUUUCCUAAACGCCUUUGCUGCAUUUCUAGACCUGUUGUGAUAAAAUUCCACGUAAAA